UUUCCUUCUCCUCUGAAUCCCCCCUCCUCGGUUCCGCUCCAGAUUUUCCUCCCUGUGCGAUGCGUGCGUGUGCACCUCCCCUCGGCCUCCCAGGUGUAUCCGUCCCUUCUGGAACCCGCUCUGCUUUUCCGUUCCUGCCUUCCCCAGCUCGGAGUGGAACUGGCUGGCCCGCCGCCGCCGCGUGCGCAAAGUAGCAAGCUUCUCCCGCCACCCCCGGGGCAUUCUCGCUGGAGGCUCCUGGCUCUGAGGCCCAGUAUCUAGCCGAGGGCGCCGGACUAAGGAAGGGGGCUCGCCGCCGCCGCGGAGCGCCUCUGCGCGCCUUCACCUUCCUUUGGCGAGCGAGUCUGCCGGGAGGGGGCGCCCCAGCCAGAGGAGAGCGAACGGUUCCUUUGGCGAAGGGGAAUCCGGCGGCAGGCGAGGCAGCCGAAGCCCUCACGCCGCCGAGAAGCACCGGGGGCCGCUGCGACGCUCGAGGGCGCAAGGCGAGGCCCGGCGGCCCGACCUCCUGAGGAGCACCGAGUCCCCCCCCCCACCGCCCGGGGUUGGCGGGGAGCGCGCGUGUGCCUGUUUGUGUGCACCGAGGCGGGGGAAGCGCAGGAGAGGAGCGACGAGCAGGCAGACGGAGCCCCCACCCCGCCGCCGCCGCCAGCGCGCGCGCGCCUGUGUGUGUGUGUGUGUGUGUGAGAGAGAGAGAGAGAGAGAGAGAGAGAGAGAGAGAGAGAGAGAGAGAGAUCGGGGGUGGGGGUGGCUCUCGCUUCGCUUGCCUCCACCGUCUCCAAAAUGCCCGGACUGCUUUCCACGGAUGGAUAUAUUUUAAGACUUCCUUUCGCAUUGCUAGGCGAGGCGGUUCGCCGGCUGGAGGCGUCCGCCAGUGACAUCUCAUCGGGGGAAGGAGGGCUUUGAUUUGGCCCCUUCUCUGCCUGCCUGCCUCCCUCCUCCUCCCCCCCUCCCUUCUGCUAUUUUGGGAGGGGGCGGCUGCAAACAAAAAAAAUUAAACCCCACAAAAAAAAAGCCAACAAAAAGGGACGGCGCUUGAUUUAUAACAGAACGCCCCAUCUCUCUCCCCUUGUCCCUGCUCUUUAACUCGCUGUCCCUCCAGGGGCAAAACAAUCCGAGAUCAGGACGCGUCGUGGUUUUUGUGUGUUUAUGUGUGAGUGUGGGGUGUGUGUGUGCGCGCCCCCCCUUUCCACGUUUCUCUGAAAUCGACGCCCCAAGGGGGAGCAAUCGGAAGAAGAUCGAGAUCGCGCAUCACGCAUCCGAUCGCCUCGUGUUUCCGAAUACCUGAGGGGGCUCAAGCCCUGCCGUCCUGGCGGCGGGAUGGAUUAGGGAUCCCUGAAUGGAGGAACCCGACGGGGCUGGAUCGCAGAAGGCCUGCUGUUGUGUCCUCCACUCUGGGAUGACCAGAGUGGCUCCAGGUUGCUGACAGCUCCAGCAUCGAGUGCAGCAUGGCCCGGCUCAUCCAUGCCCUCUGGAGUCUCUGCAUCACCACUGUCCUUGUCACCUCAGCCACCCAAGCAGGUCUAAGCCGUGCUGGCUUACCCUUUGGUCUGGUUCGGCGGGAACUGGCAUGUGAGGGCUACCCCAUUGAGCUGCGCUGCCCAGGCAGUGAUGUUAUCAUGGUGGAAAAUGCCAACUAUGGGCGUACGGACGACAAGAUCUGUGAUGCUGAUCCCUUCCAGAUGGAGAAUGUCCAGUGCUAUCUUCCAGAUGCCUUCAAAAUCAUGUCCCAAAGGUGCAAUAAUCGGACACAGUGUGUCGUAGUGGCUGGCUCAGAUGCUUUUCCAGACCCUUGCCCUGGCACCUACAAGUACCUGGAGGUCCAGUAUGACUGUGUCCCCUACAAAGUGGAACAGAAAGUAUUCGUUUGCCCGGGGACACUGCACAAGAUCCUGGAACCUACCUCGGCCCAUGAAUCAGAACACCAGUCUGGAGCCUGGUGCAAGGACCCUCUGCAAGCCGGAGACAGAAUAUACGUCAUGCCAUGGAUCCCAUACCGGACAGACACACUGACAGAGUAUGCCUCGUGGGAGGAUUAUGUGGGUGCCCGGCACACCACCACUUACCGCCUGCCCAACAGGGUUGACGGCACAGGUUUUGUGGUAUACGAUGGAGCAGUCUUCUACAACAAGGAGCGGACACGCAACAUUAUCAAGUAUGAUCUGCGGACGCGCAUUAAGAGCGGAGAGACAGUCAUCAACACAGCCAACUACCAUGACACCUCACCCUACCGUUGGGGCGGGAAGACUGACAUUGACCUGGCAGUGGAUGAAAAUGGGCUAUGGGUCAUCUAUGCCACUGAAGGCAACAAUGGCCGGUUAGUGGUGAGCCAACUGAAUCCUUACACGCUGCGCUUUGAGGGAACGUGGGAGACUGGCUAUGACAAACGCUCAGCAUCCAAUGCCUUCAUGGUGUGCGGAGUCCUCUAUGUGGUGCGGACAGUUUACGUGGACGAUGACAGCGAAGCAGCUGGUAACCGUGUUGACUAUGCGUUCAACACCAAUAUGAACCGGGAGGAACCCAUCUCGUUGACCUUCCCAAACCCCUACCAGUUCAUCUCCUCCAUUGACUACAACCCCCGUGACAACCAACUUUAUGUGUGGAACAACUACUUUGUCCUGCGCUACUCACUUGAGUUUGGCCCACCUGACCCAAGUACUGGCCCUGUCACCUCGACACCCCUCAGCACUACAACCACCAUUCGUCCCACCACCAUCACCAGCACAGUCUCACCUGCCGCUACAACAACAACACGGCAGGUGCCCCUCACCACCCACCCCAUAGGUGCCAUAAACCAGAAGGGUACAGAGCUUCACCCCGUCACUGCCAUAAUGCCCAGCACCCGGCGUCCACCAGCAAACAAUCAACACGUCUCUCCAGAGCUCUUCUGCGAGGCCAAGGAGGUGCGGCGUGUCCAGUGGCCAGCCACACAGCAAGGCAUGCUGGUCGAAAGGCCUUGCCCUAAGGGCACACGAGGUAUUGCUUCCUUCCAGUGUCUUGCUUCGGAGGGAAACUGGAACCCACGGGGGCCUGAUCUGAGCAACUGCACAAGUCCUUGGGUCAACCAAGUGGCACAGAAGAUCAAGAGUGGAGAGAAUGCAGCCAAUAUUGCCAGUGAGCUAGCCCGGCAUACGCGUGGUGCCAUCUACGCCGGAGAUGUCAGCUCCUCUGUCAAACUAAUGGAGCAGCUCCUGGACAUUCUGGAUGCACAACUUCAAGCGCUACGCCCUAUUGAGAGAGAGUCAGCUGGCAAGAACUACAACAAGAUGCACAAGAGAGAAAGGACAUGUAAGGACUAUAUUAAGGCUGUGGUGGAGACGGUGGACAACCUGCUGCGACCUGAAGCUCUAGAGUCAUGGAAGGACAUGAAUGCCACAGAGCAAGUGCACACAGCCACAAUGCUCCUUGACAUCCUGGAGGAGGGAGCCUUCCUACUGGCUGACAAUGUCAAAGAGCCAGCCCGUUUUGUCACUGCCAAGACUAAUGUGGUGCUGGAGGUGUCAGUGUUGAAUACAGAGGGGCAAGUGCCAGAUAUUGUUUUCCCACAUGAGUAUACCACCAAGAAUUCCAUCCAACUCUCAGCCAACACUAUCAAGCAAAACAGUCGUAAUGGGGUGGUCAAGGUUGUCUUCAUUCUCUACAAAAAUUUGGGGUUCUUCCUCUCUACCGAGAAUGCCACCAUCAAGCUGGGUAGUGAGGUUGGUUCAAUUAGCCCCUCACUUGUUGUCAACUCACAAGUUAUUGCUGCCUCCAUCAACAAGGAAUCUAGCCGCGUCUUCCUGAUGGACCCCGUCAUCUUUACCCUCUCCCACCUGGAGGAGAAGAACCAUUUCAAUGCCAAUUGCUCUUUCUGGAACUACUCAGAGCGCUCCAUGAUGGGUUACUGGUCUACGCAGGGCUGUCGGCUGGUGGAGACCAACACGACCCACACCACCUGUGCAUGCAGCCAUCUCACCAACUUUGCUGUGCUCAUGGCACACCGUGAAAUUUACCAGGGCCGCAUCAAUGGGCUGCUGUUGUCUGUCAUCACGUGGGUGGGCAUUGUGAUUUCCCUGGUCUGCUUGGCCAUUUGCAUCUCCACUUUCUGCUUCCUGCGUGGGCUGCAGACUGACCGUAACACCAUCCACAAGAACCUCUGCAUAAAUCUCUUCAUCACUGAACUCCUCUUUCUCAUCGGCAUUGAUAAGACACAGUAUGAGAUUGCCUGCCCCAUCUUUGCAGGGCUGCUGCACUACUUCUUCCUGGCAGCGUUCUCCUGGAUGUGCCUGGAAGCCAUCCACCUUUACCUCAUGCUGGUUGAGGUUUUUGAGAGCGAAUACUCCCGCAAGAAGUACUACUACUUGGGGGGCUAUUGCUUCCCUGCGCUGGUAGUGGGUAUUGCUGCCGCCAUUGACUACCGCAGUUAUGGCACCGAGAAAGCAUGUUGGCUUCGAGUUGAUAACUACUUCAUCUGGACCUUCAUUGGGCCUGUCUCUUCUGUCAUUGUGAUCAACCUGGUGUUCCUCAUGAUCACUCUGCACAAGAUGAUCCGCAACACGUCGGUCCUCAAGCCUGACUCCAGCCGACUGGACAACAUCAAGUCUUGGGCACUCGGAGCAAUCACUCUCCUUUUUCUCCUGGGCCUCACCUGGGCAUUUGGUCUCCUCUUCAUCAACAAGGAGUCUGUUGUCAUGGCCUAUCUCUUCACCACCUUCAAUGCUGUCCAGGGCAUGUUCAUCUUCGUGUUUCAUUGUGCACUACAGAAAAAGGUUCACCGGGAAUUCAGCAAAUGCCUGCGACACGCAUCCUGUUGCCUACGGAGUCCGCCAGGGGCCACACUGGGCUCCCUCAAGACCUCAGCCAUCCGCAGCAACAACCGUUACUACACUGGGACACAGGUACCAUUGGGCAGACUGGGCUGGGGGGGGGAGUGCUGCUGUUACUGGUCUGGAGAACAGGAGAGGCUGGGACAUAUUCUUAGGCCACAAUACCCCUGGGGGUCUAGUUGCCCUACUGAAUCCAGAGUGGGACUGUCUUUUCAGAGCCGAAUCCGGAGAAUGUGGAAUGAUACUGUAAGGAAGCAAACUGAGUCCAGCUUUAUGGCGGGUGAUCUCAACAGCACUCCCACCCUUAAUCGAGGCACAAUGGGGAACCACCUGCUGACCAACCCCGUGCUGCAGACACGGGGCGGGACCAGUCCUUACAACACACUCAUUGCUGAGUCUGUGGGCUUCAACCCUGCCUCACCACCUGUCUUCAACUCCCCAGGGAGCUUCCGAGAGUCCAAGCACCCCCUGAACAACAGCCGAGACGCCUGUGGCAUGGACACCCUCCCGCUCAAUGGCAACUUCAAUAACAGCUACUCCCUCCGCAGUGGCGACUUCCCAACCGAUGGCACCAAGAUGGCCGACUGCCGACGCAACCUGAGUGACGCCGCCGCCUUUGAAAAAAUGAUCAUCUCCGAGUUGGUGCAUAACAACUUGAGAGGGGGAGGCAGUGGCGUGGUCAAGGGGGGCGGGGGUUCUGCCGAGACCUCCAACCCCCCUGGGCCCCCUCCCCCUCCCAACGUAGUUGCAGGGGGAGGGGGUACCAACAAUGAGGAUGACGCCAUUGUGCCUGACGCCCCUUCCUUGACCCAUGAGGAGAACAUGGAAAUUGAACUCAUGUAUAAGGCCUUAGAGGAGCCGCUCUUGCUUCAGAGGGCACAGUCCAUCCUCUACCAGAGUGACCUGGAGGAGUCGGAGAGCUGCACAGCUGACCUGACAGAGGGGGGCGAUGGCCAAGCCCCUUCCCCCAACAGGGACUCUUUAUACACCAGUAUGACCAACCUGAGGGACUCCCCAUACCCGGACAGCAGCCCUGAGGCAGUUGGGGAAGUGCUUCCUCAUGCCCAAGCCAUCAAUGAAAUCUACUAUACCAAUCGGCCAGCCUUGGUGCCGCGCAACCAGCUCCAGGCCUACUACCAAGUCCGGAGACCCAGCAAUGAUGGCUACUUGGUCCCAGGAAGCUUAGAAAACCCAGCAGUGGAGGGAGAUGGCCAAAUGCAGCUGGUGACCAGUCUCUGAGGGGCUGAGAAGGGACUGAGGGACCAUAACACCCCCCAAAAAAACCCCCCAAUGCGGCACUGUUGCCGUGACCUGAACAUUUUAAUUUUUUCCUGGAAGAAAGGGUGGGGAAGAAGAGAAUGGCACAGGGCUGGGGAAUGAAUGGAGGAGAGAAGGUGGAAGAAAGAGCUGAGUGAGGCAGAGGGCUUCUCCGAGGAGAAGGGAGGGGCAGCCAUUUUGUCCGUCUUUCCUUCCAUCCAAUUAGAUUUCCAGACAGAAAGUGGCACGUGGCCUAUCUGGUUAUGUCCGUUUUCCUUCUCCAGGCAAAUAAAUGCAGUGGAGGAAAGAGAGCUGAA